AUGGGGACAGAGGUUCCAAUCCAAGCUCUCUGCACAGAAAUUACUUGCCCGAUUUGCCUGGACUACCUCAGCUUUCCCAUGACUACUGCCUGUGGGCAUAACUACUGCAAAGCCUGUCUCUUGGAAUACUGGACAGAGUCUAGAGGACCGUUUCCAUGUCCUCAGUGUCGAGAAAUGAUCCUGGAGAACACGUUCAGGGUGAACCGACAUCUGGCUCGUAUGGUGGAGCACAUCAAGGACCUUCAGGAGAAGCAAAAGGCCAAGAGGAAGAAGGGGGAAUGCGAGAAACACGAGGAGCCCUUCAAGCUUUUCUGCAAGGAUGACGAAGCCCCCAUCUGUGUGGUGUGCGACAGGUCCAUUGAGCACCGACAUCACACUGUGGUCCCUGUACAUGAAGUUUCUGAAGAAUACAAGGAAAAGCUCAAGGAAUAUGUGAACUCUUUGAAGAAUGAUCGAGAAGAGUUUUCCUCCCUGAAAGAAACAAAAGAGAGAAGAAUGCAGAGCUUUCUGGUAUGGAUUGUUAAUGAAGGGCUGCACCAGUUACAAACAGAAAAAGAGAAGAUCACCUCUGCUUUUGAGAGAAAGCAGAAAUUACUUGAGGAAAGGAAAUGUUUUUGGCUGGGUAAACUACGAGAUCUGGAGAAAGCAAUGAAGGAAGAGGAGAAAGAAGGCCUCGACAAACUUUCUGCAGAGAUUUCUGAACUGAGUCAACUGAUCGGAGAGAUGGAGGAAAAGUGCCUGCAGCCGCCGAAUAAGCUUCUUCAGGUGAGAGUUAACACAGAGGCUCCACUGAAACCUCUUGUAAAAGAUAAAGAAGGCCUGAUCCUACAAAUGACAAUUUGA